CCCAAGACGAUCCAUAUCCAUGGUGGUUUCUCUUAUGGUGGAUUCACUGUCUAUCAACAUGCAUCCGGCUGCAGCCGCCGACUUUGUCGACUUUCUUCUAAGCCGCCGCUCAACCGUCGACAUUAGCUCCCUUAGGAAACUACACAUAUGGACAACAUGGAUGAAACAUGCAGCCAUUUUCAAUCAGCUUUUGGCUGCCACAAGGAGCACUUUAGAGCAACUCGUUAUUCAUACUUCUAAUUCUUCAUUGCGACGACUGGACAUUUGCCAUGUGCCCAGCAUUCAGUGCUUUCUCACUGUGUGCUUGACGCCUGAUCCCUCUCCUUUGACCGCACUGGCGAGUCUCUUUGGAGGCCAUCCCAGUGAACCGCGCCUCAUGGAAGAGGUAGAUUUGCAUCUGCUAGUUAAACCUGGCAUACUGCUCCAGUCUCCAUCUUCUGAAGGAGCGGCAUUGGAUGAUAUCCUCGUCAGUGUUCGACGUUGUGUUAAAAUCUACCUCAUCGUUGAAUCUUCCGAGAUGAAUGAGAAGACCAAGUAUGAGCAGGCGUGUAUGAAGAAGGUCAUUGAAAGUCUUCCUGCGUUGCAUGCCAAAGGUAUUCUCACAGUCCAAACUUCUAGCACUACAGUGCAAAAUAAUGCUUUUAGACGAUAAUUAUAAUUUAUGUUCUUAACAUGUAGUUCUUAUGUUCCUAACGCGUAAUUUCUCUCGGAGAAUGUAU